GCUCCAUGGCUGGUUGGAGCUUUCCGAGGGGGGAGACGCCAGCGAGGGCUCCGUUGCCUGCUGGAUCGCGACGCUGCACCUGCUGGAGGAAGAUGAGCUGCCCUGGUACGGCCCGUCCUUCGGCGAGGAGCCGGAGGCCCUGGGCCAAAUCAAGGUCGAGCUCCUCCCGGGUCGUCGGCUGCAGACGAGCAUCCGCAUCGAAGAUGAGGAUGACGACUGGCAGUCUCCCACGCCCUUCCGGCGCCGCGCCACCGAGGAGAUCGCCGCCUCCACCGCGGCGGCGGAGAACGCGGCCGCAGGUGGUGCAUUUGUUUUUGGCGGCGGCCGCUGA